UUGAGGCAUUCGUUCAUUGAGGAAUAAACACAAACACUUGAAGGGCAACACUAACAGCAUCAUCAAACCAAAGGCCAUGGCACCAAACGACUGCUUCGUCACCAAUGGAACCACAAAGAAGGAAUCAAGAGAGGAGGAGGAGACGGUGGCGUACACCUCCGCCUUGCGCCUGGGCUGUAGCACAUCGGUGGCGAUGGCGCUGAAGGCGGUGAUUGAGCUGAACGUGCUGGAAGUCAUCGCGGCGGCAGGGCCUGGUGCGCGGUUGUCACCGGAGGAGAUCGUGUCUCAGAUUGAGACCACGAAUCCGAAUGCUGGUGAGGUGCUUGAUAGAUUGCUCCGGUUCUUGGCGAGCUAUAACGUGUUGAAAUGCGAGGUGGUGGAUGGAGAGAAGGGGAUGAUGAAGAGGAAGUAUGGAUUGGCACCGAUCUGCAGGUUUUUCACAAAGGAUGAAGAUGGAGUCUCUGUUGCGCCGCUCUUGCUCAUGAAUCAAGACAAGGUCUUGGUUGAUGCUUGGAUAAACCUCAAGUAUGCAGUGUCAGAAGGAACAACCCCCUUUGUGAAAGCUCAUGGAGAGUCAGCAUUUCAGUACCAUGGCAAAGACCACAGAUUCAGUGAAGUCUUCAACCAGGGCAUGUUUAACCAUACAGCCAUGCUUAUGAAGAAGAUCCUUGAGACAUACAAGGGCUUUGAGAGCCUUGAUGUGCUUGUGGAUGUGGGUGGUGGCAUUGGUGCCACUCUUGCCAUCAUCCUCUCUAAGUACCCCCACAUCAAAGCCAUCAACUUUGAUUUACCUUUUGUUAUCUCUGAAGCAAAACCCAUUCCAGGAGUUGAGUUUGUUGGGGGAGACAUGUUUGCAAGUGUCCCAACUGGUGAUGCCAUCUUCAUGAAGUGGAUACUUCAUGAUUGGGAUGAUGAGCACUGUGUGAAGAUAUUGAAGAAUUGUACGGAAGCAUUGCCAGAUAAUGGGAAGGUGAUUGUUGUGGAAGGUGUUAUUCCAGAAAUACCAGAAGACAGUGAUGAUGCAAGGAAUGGAUACAUGGGUGACCUUUGCAUGUUGACUUACAAUGUUGGAGGAAAAGAGAGGAAUGAGAAAGAGUUCAAGUAUUUGGCUAAAGAAAGUGGGUUUUCUGGAUUUAAAAUUGCUUGUUGUGUUUAUGGCUUUUCAGUCUUGGAGUUUAGCAAGUAAUCCUGGUUACUUUUGUUGAUAUAAUUCCUAAGUCAUUUCCUUUGUCUUUGUGUGUUUUGUGUACUCUAUGUUUUCAUUCAUGAAUAAAAUCAAGGAUGUUAAUUAAUUUUAUUUUCCUUA